GAAGUGGGCGGGGCCAACGUCUGUUGAUGUGUUUUCCCGCCCUGUGCGUCACUAGCCGUCUGACUGAUGGAUCUCAGCUAGCAAUGGACGCUUACAUCAGCUGUCAGAGGCUUUGACAGAGGGGGAUUUGGCUGGUUUGGGACGCAGAGAGUCCAGUUGGCAGAUAUGGUGAGGCACAGCAUGAUGACAGAGCUGCAAGCCUUCCAGCACUCUUUCCAGGGUAACUCCCUGGCUGUAGGCCAAGUGGGGCAGAGCUGCAGGGGAACGGAGGAGAAUGGUGUUGCUUCAGAGGACAGACAGCACCUUUCCCAGGGCCCAGCAGAAAUGGAGAAAAGCCAGCCAGUGAACAUCCCAGAUGCAGCUAAAAGAAAGAAGAAGAAAAGAACGAGAGCAACUGACAGCUCCACAGGCACUUUUGAUGAUCUCUACAAAUUGACAGACGAGGUGCUGGGUCAGGGGGCUUAUGCUAAAGUUCAAGGAUGCAUAAGUCUGCAGAAUGGACAGGAGUUUGCUGUGAAGAUCAUAGAAAAGAGCGCCGGGCACAGUCGCAGCAGAGUGUUCAGAGAAGUGGAGACUCUCUACCAGUGUCAAGGAAACAGGAACAUUUUGGAAUUAAUUCAAUUCUUUGAAGACAGCGCCUGCUUUUAUUUGGUAUUUGAAAAACUGCGUGGAGGCUCCAUUCUUACACACAUUCAGAACCGAAAGCACUUCGAUGAGCUUGAGGCCAGUAAGGUUGUCAGGGACAUUGCCCAAGCUCUUGACUUCCUACACACAAAAGGCAUUGCCCACAGAGACCUUAAGCUAGAGAACAUCCUUUGUGAAUACACUGAUCGGGUGUCCCCAGUUAAGAUCUGCGAUUUUGACUUGGGAAGUGGAGUGAAGCUCAGCAGUGCCUGUACGCCCAUAACGACUCCAGAGCUCACCACACCGUGUGGCUCAGCAGAGUACAUGGCUCCAGAAGUAGUGGAGGUGUUCACCGAUGAGGCCUCGUUCUACGACAAGCGCUGUGACCUUUGGAGUCUUGGGGUCAUCCUCUACAUCCUGCUGAGCGGCAGCCCCCCCUUCACAGGCCACUGUGGCACCGACUGCGGCUGGGACCGCGGAGAAACCUGCAGAACCUGCCAGAGUCACCUGUUUGAAAGCAUCCAGCAGGGCAAGUAUGAAUUUCCAGAGAAGGACUGGGCUCACAUCACAGAGGGGGCCAGGGAUCUCAUAUCCAAGCUGCUGGUUCGGGACGCAACUCUGCGCCUUAGUGCUGCUCAGGUCCUCAAGCACCCAUGGGUGCAGGGGAAUGCCCCAGAGAGAGGUCUUCCAACGCCUCAUGUUCUACAGAGGAACAGCAGCACCAAAGACCUGACCCAGUUUGCAGCAGAAGCCAUCGCCUUUAACCGGCAGCUAUCCCAGCACGACGAGCAGCAGGAGGAUGUCGGAGCCAUCGUUUGCUCCAUGAGGCUUUCUCCUCCUUCCAACUCCAGGCUGGCCCGCAGACGGGCACAGUCCAACGCUCUGCGCACCGGGGACUUCGCACCUGCAUCGGACAACCUCGCAGCCUGAAGGGACCAGUACCAAGUCCCCGUCAUUUUUUUUUAUGACUGAUUUUAAGCUCUCUACCUGCACCUUGUGUGUGUGUGUGUGUUUUGUUUUCACAGGCAGCUUUGUAGGAUCACAGUAUCAAAAGUAGUGACUGUUCUGUUCUUGGAGUUAAGGCUCUUUCCCAUGGCCAGUAAUCUUAUCACCUAGACAGAGUUUGAGCACCAAGGGAACAGUUAAUCCUCGGCUGCCACCUAAUUGAAAACAUAGUUGAAACUCCUGAGAUUUGUCCAGGAAUUGUUUUAAGCUGCCUUAGUUUGAGAAAAUGUUUGGAUUUAUUUUUACGGAUUUAUUUAUUUUCUAUUCAGUGUUGAUGACAUUUACGAUGACCCCAGUACAGCAGAAACAACUCUUAAUGCCAGCAGUUUAUAGUAAACAGCAAAUCAGUACAUAUCAUUAUCAACACAGCAUUACAUAGGUUCAGUACAGUUUCUGUCCUAAUGCAAUAUUCUCUCAUUUUAAUAGAUUUAAUGUUUCUUGUUGUCCAGCUGUGAAUUUGUUCAUUCUAUUGAAAUGCUACUUAUUGCUUCUCAGUCACCAGAGGAAUGGGAUGAGUUAUCUCAUAUUUUUUGCUUUAAUAAGCAUGUCAGUGUAUGUGAUUUGAUGUGUGUGUGUGUGUGUGUGUGUGUGUAAGAAUAGACUACACUUAUAGGAGAGUGUCCAUAUUUUACUUAUUAGUCAUUCUUGUGGAGGCUCCAUAGAACUUAGAGAGAGUGCAGGGAUGUGAAUGGAUUUUGAAGUUACAGAAGACCCUUUUUUUUUGUAUUUCUUAUCAUUUACUUCAACACAAGCUACCUGUAGCACUGAUAUACUUUAAAAGAAGUCACUUAUUUAGUUUAUCUGAAAGGGAGAAUAUUACAUCAUUACUGAUGAGUUUGGGCCAACAAUGUGGAUUUGACACCUACAGUGAUAUUUUUAUUGAAGGGGUUGGUUUUAAUAACUUUUUAUCCUCAUUAGAGUCCAACAUUACUUCAGGCUCUUUUUUUGCACCACGUCUUUGCACGUUUUGUACUGUACAAAUGUACGCCUUCCCAAAAAGACUUGCUUAGUUUCUUAUCGUCUUACUUGAUAUCUCGGAGUGUUUUUAGUCUGACUAAUGACUUGUUUUGGUUGUAUGUAGUUAUUGAGACUUAAAAGGGGUUUGUGAAUAGGUGAUAGUUAAACUUUGUAGUAAACUGGAGGAUUCCAUACUGAUGUUGAGGGGAAUUAUUUUUAUACAAGUAUUUGUAUGUUGUUCAGUUUUCUAUUUUUGGUUCUGAAUUUGCCAAUGGAAAGAAUAAUGGAUUGAUUUUCUUUAGUUCACCAAGUUGCUGAUAAUUACUUCAGAUCCUUUUUUUUGAAGAAGAAAUAUUUAGAUUUUUUAAUUUUUGUUUCCUUCGUUGAGGAUCCCGUUUAUGUUUUAAAGAAGUCACUGAUGACAGUCUUAUCACUUCUAUUUCACCUCACCAGCUAACUUCAUAUGUUGCUUGUUGACAUGUCCCCAGAUUUCACACUGUUGCCAUGGGCACCCCAUCCCUAUAGCAACUAAGGGCCUUCAUAGGCUGGCAGGAAUAUACAGAGAAACAUCCACUUGCUAUGUUAAAGCCCACUCACUGCAUUAUGAAUCAUAAAGGACUUGUUUCCCCCCAUCAACUAGUAAUUGCAUCUAAUGAGAUACAGUAAUUGGUGUGCCAUUAAGGAGUCCCAUUGUCACAAACUCUUAUGGGAUCCUAUGCAUAAUGCUCUGUGUAGAGUAUAUUUUCAUUGGUAUGCUGUGUUCUCAAUAAAAAGAUCCUUAACAUC